GUCGAUGGUCUUGGACGAGGAGGAGGUUCAGAGUCAAGCCAGGGUCCCGGCGGCGCAGCGUCUAGGACCACAAGUGCCGGAAGCUGGCGAGUUCCAGGAUUUGAGACAAUAGAUCCAGGAGAUGCAGAGGAAAAUAAACAGGGGACGAGUGUUCACUACCCGGACGAAUACUCCGCUCGCCCCGGAGAUCUUUGCAGAGCCAUAUCCUCAUGGGUUCAAAGUGCUUUUUGUCAAGCGUUAUGAUGGGGAAUCGGAUCCCCAAGAACACAUAAAUAGCUAUGUCCAGGUGAUGAUCGCCGUUGAUGCCAGCGACGUGUUGAUGUGCCAAUGUUUCUUGCAGACGGUUGAUAGCAAGGUUGCGGAUUGGGUGAAUCACAUUCCGGCCGGAUCAAUCCAGACCUGGGAUGAGUCGGGAUUGCGGUUCCUAGAGCAUUUUGUAGGGAACAGCCGUCCCAAAAAGCAUUUUACCCACUUGGCCUCAGUACGACAGAAGCACGGGGAGUCCCUGAAGAACUUCAUCGUCAGGUGGAGAAAAGAAUCCAGGGAGGUUGAAGGAACCGACGAUAAAUCCAGGUUAGCCAUGUUCACAGCGGCACUAAAAGAUGGGCUCCUUCAUACCAAUCUCACAACCCAUCCCCCAGAUACCUUUGAGGAAGCAAUGGUUCGGGCUGGAAGGUAUGUGACCCUGGAGGAGAGGAAGGAGGAGAAGAAAGAGAAGACUCCCAAGGAAGAAGAGAAGGUGGGAAACAAGAAGCCUUUCAAAAAUAAGAAGCAGGGCUUCCCGGAUGGCCCGAAGGGCACGAAUCCUGGGACCUCGGAGAAGCACAAAUCCGCUAAUCCAGUGUUUACAUUACCGGUGGCCGAGGUCAUGGCCCAUGCUGCACGCACAGCAGGGACUAAUGACAUACCCAACCUAUUCCCAGAAGGUCUGCAUUGUGGAGGACACUGGGAAAUGAAAUUUGUACAAGAUGUGGACGGGGGAAAUCCCGGGAAUGCUCAGAAUAGGAAGCGUAGAGAAGGGCAAGUGGCCCAGGCCGAGGCCCGAGAGAAACGCCACAUCGGACUUGAGGACGAAGAGGAAGAUUCAGAACCCGCACCACACCGACAGAAGAGGCACCAUGGGUGUAAUUACAUCAUCGGUGGGAACAUUGGUGGGGUUUCGGCCACAAGUCAGAAAAAGUGGGCUAGUGCGGCAAUGGUCUAUAAGGUGGCGGCCCCUGCCCAACCGGAAGGUAAGAAGCUGAAAACUGAGCCGAUUGUAUUUUCUAAUGCUGAUUUGCCAGAGACGGGGGUCCCCCAUAGGGACGCUCUGGUGAUUACAAUCGACAUAAUGGACUUGCUGAUCCACAAGACUUUGGUGGAUACGGGAAGUUCCGUUAACAUCAUGUAUAUGGAUACUUACAAGACUCUUGGUAUUGUCUUGAUCACUCCGGAAAGCUUCCGGAUAUAUUACGCUAUUAGAUUUCAGUUCCGCGUGUCAAACAAUGAAGCCGAAUAUGAGGCCCUAAUUAAUGGACUGAAGAUUCUCGGCAAGCUAGGGGUGUCCAGGGUCCAGGUAUACAGCGACUCCCGCUUGGUGGUGGGACAAAUCAGUGGGGAGUUCGAAGAAAAGGAGGAGAGGAUGAAGAAAUACCGUGACUUGUCCUUGGAAAUGUUGGGAAAAUUCGAGUAUAAGCUAGAGCACAUACCCAGAGCGUACAACGCGGAAGCUGAUGUCUUGUCUAAGCUUAGCGCUGAAUCGCCGGAGUAUAUAAGCAAGUUAGCAACUGUGGAGGAGUUGGCAACCCCCAGUCUCAACAUGGAUGAAGUGCUCUGGGUAUCAGCCGACUCCCCAGAGUGGUUAGACAGGUUGGCUAGGUACAUUGAAGACGAGGUAGCCCCGGAAGAUUCCCAAGAAGCCCGGUUGCUACGAAUGAGAGCACCCACCUACAAAGUGCAGGAGGGAGUCCUUUAUAAGCGGUCCUACAACGUUGUUUUACUCCGCUGUCUUAGAGCAGCAGAAGCAAAAGCGCUCAUGGAAGAGAUACAUGAAGGAGUGGAGAACGUCAACAGGACAAUUAUAAGCGGGAUAAAAAAGAAGUUGCUGUCGGAAGGAAGCAAAUGGGUGGAUGAACUACCCAGAGUCCUAUGGACGCACAGGACCACUCCAAGAAGGGCCACGGGUGACACUUCUUUUGGCCUGGCCUAUGAGUUUGAAGCCCGGACACCAGCUGAAACGGUGAUCCCAACCAGGAGGGAAAUGACAUAUGACCCGGAAGUGAACAAACAAAAUUAGGCCAUCGAGCUGAACUUCUUAGAGGAACGAAGGGAUGAAGCACGAAUCCGGGCAGAGAAUUACUGUCGCUAGGUGAAAUCUUACUUUGAUAGUAAGGUCUAGGCACCAAUUCCCAAACAUCAUUGUGUUUAAAUUGGUUAAGCUCCUCUUGCAUUGCCAUAGACCAAUGUUCAUCAUUAAUAGCAUCCAAAACGGUUGUUGGUUCAAUUUGUGAAACAAAGGCCAUGUGAUUAAUUGUGUUCCUAAGAGAAUUACGAGUAGAAACUCCCUGCGUUAUGUCACCAAUGACAUUGUCAAUCGGGUGGUUCUUCAAUGUUCUCCAUUCCUUAGGAAGCUCUGUUUGU